ACCUCCCCCGAGUGCUGCACCCCUCGUCGUCAAACCGAUGAUAAAAAAAAAUCGUUAAAAAUCGGUACAUAACCCCCCAAAACAAAACGUAUCCCACGUCGCACAUACGAAAACGCUGAAAAGCGCAAAUAUGGCCGAACAAAGCGACCCAGCCAGUUGUCGUUGAUCUCCUGUCAGCCAUCCAGAAGAUAGAGAAUAAUCGAGACACCCCCAAGGGUCCAACAAUAACCCCCCCUCCCAAAAAAAAAGCAAUAACCAGCACCGAGAAAAAAUAUCAAAGGACAAUCGAGUAAAUGACAGUAUAAAACAAUCACUCUGUGAAAACAAUGUGGAGUUGACUUGUGUACGCAUGUAUGUGUAUGUUUUUUCUCAUCUAGGAAAUGAUAAUCACCGUAUUGUGUUGAUGACUGAUAGAGGAUUAGCCUCUGGAUAUUUGAAUUUACCCUGUUAUCGUCGGUGAGGGGUUGUCAUGUGGGAGGGAGAGACGAUAUUUGAUCUAGGGGUAAGAGUGAUAAGAGUGAGUAAUUCAGGUAAUUAUGAUGAUUAUUGGAUGAAUGCUGGGAGAAUAACCUGGGAUGCAUCAGGUGGAGAUAUUGUCUGGGGAUAAUCCGAGGGACUGGCCACGCAAUUAUUAUUUGUGAGGUUAAAUCUGUGUUGUCAUGAUGGACGUUGAGGUGGAGGGCAAGGACAGGCCUGGGGAUAUCAAUCCUGGAUGUUCCGGGUACUCGGGUAUGGUACACAGUAAAAAGGUCAUCAAGCAUGCACUCAGGCAGCAGGCCAAGAGGAGAAGGAAAAAUACAACAAUUGCCAGUGGCAAUUCCAGAGCAUUGCCACAAAUUGUUGUUAAACCACUGGCACCACCACCUGCACCUCCACCGGUUAUUAUCAGUCCGGUUACUGUCAAUGAUCCAACAGCUUCCAUUCAGCUUAAUAAUGUUGAAGAGCCAGCAGCAACGAUGCGAGAAGUGCUAGCAAGUCUGCCAGGAUUCAGCCUGAAAUCAUCACGUCGAAGAUCAACGAAGAAGCUGUCAGCAGCAGCUCAGCUCGAAGCAGGUCUGGUGGAUCUUGAGUCACCCGCGAGUAUCCUCGCGAGUACAAGCCUGCGAGCACUCCUCAACAGACACACCUUCCAGGGCUUACCACCACUCUAUCAACGUAAACUAGCGCAGCUCCUGCCCUCAGUGGAUCGCCAGGAUGCAGCAACAUCGGGUUUGAAUAACGAAUUUUUCGCUCGUGCCUGUCUCGAGUGGAGAAAACGCCUGGCCGAGGGUGAAUUUACACCAGAGAAUCAGCAACGGCUGAAGAUGGAAGCCGAGAGGGAUAAGAACAAGCUCGAUCCCUGGAAGCUCAAGCACUUUGAGCCGAUCUGGGGUGACAAACGUGAGCCAAAAGUUCGUCUGGGUAUAAAUUGCAUCAACGAAUCGAGAGCUGCAUCACACGGUGGUGCUGUCACUAGAUCAAGCUUGAGACUGCGCCUGGAGAAUCCCCAGGAGGCCCUCACCACCCCCAUGGCAACCCCAAAAAUAUUAUUCACGAGACAGACUAAUCCCGACAAGACUGAAACCGAAAUUGAGACUGAGACUGAAGUUGAUGUUGAAGAGAUACCCCCUGAGGAGUCAAAAGCUCCCUUGCCACCACCCCCAUCGCCCCAGGAACACGAGGAGACUCGAGUGAUUACCGAGAGCUUACCGAGUCCCAUCGUCGAGGUGCCAGCACCAGAGCCCACCCCAGAGACCCAGGAAGUUGUCCCUGAAGAGGAGAAUAAAGAUGAGGAACCAGAGACUUAUGAGGCACCUGCAGUUGAGAGUCCUGUGCUGGAGUCGAUGGAGAUUGAACUGCGGGAGGAGGUGUCGGAGGUGAGCCCGAAGGAGGUAGUUCCUGAGGACGAGCUCGAGGAUCAGGAGCACAAGGAGGAGAGGCAGGAGGAGAUGGAGGAGCAAAUGCUGGAAAUUGAGGAACAAAUAUCCCAGGAGCAGGUGGCAAAUUCGAUACCAGAGUCCACCAGAGUGCAAUUCCCACAGUCCGAAGACCCGGAGAUCUUCUCCACGAUGAUGGCCACAUCCCCGAGGAAGCCAGAGGUGCCAGAUGUGCCAGUGGAGGUGAUUGAGAUUCCUCCAGAGUGCGGGACACCAAUUCUCAACGAUUGUCACACCCUGUCGAUGAAUCUAGACGUAGCUGAGAUUGCUCUGGACUCCCAGGAGCCGUUCGAGGAGUUCUCCUCCCCGAAACCGGAUAAAAUCUUUGAGAUACCCGAGUGCGAGAGUGCAGCUGCUGUGGAAAGCAUCUGCGACAGUGGAAAAACACCAGAGGAGCUGAUAAUCGAGGAGCACGUGAUAAACGUUCAGAUAAAGGAGGGUAUGCCCCAGGGAAUAGCCCAGACAGUGGUUCCAGACACCGAGCCCAUCCCCGAGGGAAUGGAGAUCGACUCUGAGACCCUCCAGAGGAUCCACGAGCUGGAGGUGAGAGGAGAGAUGAGAGAGGCAUACGAGGAGAUAUCAGGCUGCACCGAGGAAAUAAUUUAUCCAAUUCUCGAGGGCAUGGACAUGGGUUCUAAUGGCUCUGAGGAUGCUGAUCAGGUGGAGCAGCAGAAUGGAGUGAUCGAGGGUGAGGAGAUCAGAGAGGCUGAGAUAAAUGAGUCGAAUGAGGACGAGGAGCUCAGGGAUGCCAAUAAUUACGUCUGCUCGGAGAUGCUUGAUUGCAGUUGGAGUGUUGAUCCGCCUGUAAAUCCUGGAAUCGAUCCAGCGCAGGAUAUUCAGGUGCCCUGGCCCCUGGUUGCAGCUGCUCUCGAUGGAUCUGUCGCUGCUAAUAUUACAGUGACAACUCAAGAGGACUGCAGUGACACAUCAACCACCACUGACUCCACCACCAGUGUUAAUCCACCUCAGGUUGUCCAGCAGGUGCAGCAGAUCCAGCAAUUCAGCAAUGAGAGCCUCAGCAGCUCGUCGAGCAAUGAGGGUGUCAAUUGUGUGGCACUACCUGUUGCCCAGGCCGCCCCCUUCCAGGAGGGAAUGACUCUCAAUGCUCCAGUCACGUCUUGCCUCCUGAAAAAUGUACAGCAGAGCUCUCCCAUCAUUGCAUUUCCACCUCUUCAGUCCAUCAGAUUUGUACCAAGAUUCCAGCAGAGUGUCAAUUCGAGGAUUCAAGCGUCACAGAGCAAUAUCACGAGGAUCAGCACUUCUGCGGGGAUUAGGCCGAGUGGACAGGUAGUUCAGGGCCAUCCCCAGAGUGCUAUUGUUGUUCAGCAGCAUCAGAAUGCCAUCUCGGUGCCGGCUGUUACCCAGGGGAGACAGAUCGUUGCUAAUAUGCAGCCACAGUAUACUAGUCCUAGUGUUAAUCCCAGAUCCAGGUCUGGGGGACAGGUUGGCUAUAGGGGAUCCAGGAAUGGGGGGAAGGAACAGGGGGGCAGGAGCAGGAGCUCCACCAAGGAGCCGCCUGGUGCGGUCAACCUUGAGAGGAGUUAUCAAAUCUGUCAAGCGGUGAUUCAGAGCUCUCCAAAUCGUGAUCAGCUGAAGGCCCAUCUGAAGCCACCACCGAGUCUCCUAGCUCGUGGAGAUGGUGCAUUCACGACAAAUAAAUCCGGUGGACGUACGAUAACAACUGUUAAAUCCCAAAAGCAACAGAUACCCCACAAGAAUGCCAACAAGGGGCAGACGGUGAUGCUGCGCCAGGUAUUCACGACAACUCGUCAACAGCCUGUGGAAAUGAUCGAGGGUGGACCAACGACAACAGUCGCCCAAUUGGGUGCUGUUGCUGGUAAUGGUUCCACUAAUUUUGGACAAUAUAUUCUCGUGCAGAGAACUGGAGUGAGUGAUGGAGCCCCUAGGGCAUCUUCAGCACCACCUUUACCCCCACAAAUUGCCGGACUUGGAGUGGGAGUUCAUCUGGUUCGGGGGAGGCCAGCAAGUGCUGGUGAGGGCUCACAUCAGGCUGUCACUCUCAAGGCUAGGAGUGGAGCUGAUGGACGAGGAGGUGGAGGAGCUGAACCAGCAGCACCUGGGGUUAUCAUGGGCGGAGAUCCACCUCCACCCUGCGAGUGCCACAUGAGGGGUGCUAUGGUGAUCUGUCGACAGUGUGGAGCAUUCUGUCAUGACGACUGCAUGGGACCCCAGAGAAUAUGCGCCACUUGCCUCAUUCGCUGAUAAUUAAUACCUUAAUUAGGGAUUUUUCUAAGAUCAAGGGGUCAUGGACCGUUUGGGGGAAAUUUUUUAGUCACUGGUGGAGAUUAUGGAAAUUUUCUGGGAAAUCAUCAUUAUUUGGGAUAAUUUUAUUGAAGGAUCAAUGACUCAUGCAAUGCAAAAAAAAAACCAAAAGAAAAAUUUCCGAGGAGAAAAUCGAAGUGGAUAAAUCAAAAUCUAGGUUUAUGAUAGGUAUUUAUAGUAAAUUUCAUGGUAAAUCCCGGAAUAAUUGACUCUCACCCUUUGAUCUCAGAAAUAAUAUGAUGAGAAUAAAAUUUCCAGCAAAAUGUAAGCAAGCAUCCACAGGAAUUAGAGUUCAAAUUCAAAUGAAAACGUAAUUACCUAGAUUAUAAUUAAUUUAAGUUUUAUUUAUAAAAUGGAAGA